UUAAAUGGUCAAUUCGGAAUUACAUGAUGGGGCUCAGUCUCACCGUAGAAGAGCCUAACCAGUUUCCUACAUAUUUUAUUAGAAUUUCUAAACUAGACAACUGUUAAGAACCAAUAAGGAUCUUCUUCAGAUUUAGACGAGGUUCGGUAUACAGUGUCUGUCUAGUUGGUCAAAUUUGAGAAAAACUCCAAGAGAUUCUUCUCCUACCUUGGAACCCUCUUCUUCUGGCAUCUGUUCAUGUCAUUUUCAUGCGAGAAGUGAGAGCACUUGAGUGGCAUUCGACUUAAAUUUAUGUUCUUUAUUUAUGGUUUAAUUCAGUGUAUGGGUAUCUUAGCUUGUAACGUAGUAUUAGUUUAAGAAAACCCAGAUCAGAGAGUACCGUUUUAUCGAUUGGGUCAUUGUUUUUGACAGUACCCGUUCAGAUAUUUUGAUUUUUCUUGGAGAAGAUCCAGUCAAAUACAAAGUUAAUAGAAACCCAGAUCAUAGAGGUUGUAUCUUUUGUUGUUGCUUUCAGAUUGCACAGGGUAAAGGGGACAUUGUAAGUUGGGUUGGCGCUAUUUCUCUGUGUUGAUUGAUUGAUGGUGGAGGUGGAGGAAGGGAGUCUCGAAUUCCCAAUUGAGGCUGUGGAGGAAGAUGAGUCAAAAGGAGGAUUCUGUGAUUGUUUUUGGGCUCCAAUGUAUUGGCUCAAAAUGCUUGCCGAUGAAAUGCAUUGGAGUUUUGUGUUUGGAGUGGUGGUUGUCUAUGGAAUAAGCCAAGGUUUGGGUGGAUCUCUUGCCCGUGUAGGCACAGAGUACUACAUGAAGGAUGUCCAGAAAGUGCAGCCUUCUGAGGCUCAGAUUUAUGCAGGAAUUACUUCAAUACCUUGGUUGGUCAAACCUCUCUGGGGGCUACUUACUGAUGUUCUUCCAAUUUUGGGAUAUCGUAGGCGGCCUUACUUUGUUUUAGCAGGAAUUCUCGGUCUGAUCUCCAUGCUAUUUUUAUCAUUGCAUAAAAAGCUGCACCUUGCACUUGCCCUCUUGUCACUCACUGCCUUAAGUGCCGGGUCAGCAAUAGCGGAUGUAACUGUGGAUGCAUGUGUUGCACAGAACAGUAUUAGUCAUCCUUCCCUUGCUCCUGACAUGCAAAGCUUAUGUGCCUUGAGUUCCUCGAUUGGAGCACUAUUCGGAUUCUCUAUUAGUGGGAUUUUUAUUCACCUCAUCGGCCCUAAGAGGGUGUUUGGCUUGCAGACAGUCCCGGCUGGACUUCUAUUAUCAGUUGGAAUCCUGCUUAAAGAGCCUUGCACACCCAAUUUUGAUUAUGGGCAGGUAAAACAGAAGUUUCUUGACGCUGGCAAGACUAUGUGGACAACAUUGAAAUUGCCUGAUGUUUGGAGGCCAUGUUUGUAUAUGUAUUUAUCCCUUGCAGUAAGCUUGAAUAUUCACGAAGGACUGUUCUAUUGGUACACGGACUCAAAGAGCGGUCCAUCUUUCUCUCAGGAGACUGUCGGCUUCAUAUUUUCUAUUGGUUCAGUUGGCUCGCUAUUGGGGGCAAUACUAUACCAAAAUGUUCUAAAGGAACACCCUUUCCGCGACUUGCUUUUCUGGACUCAGUUGCUAUUUGGCUUGUCAGGAAUGCUAGAUUUGAUGUUAGUACUGCGACUAAACCUCAAACUCGGAGUACCGGAUUAUUUUUUCAUUGUGAUUGACGAAAGUGUGUCUCAUAUGAUCGGAAGACUGAAAUGGAUGCCUCUUCUUGUACUCAGUUCCAAGCUUUGCCCAUCUGGCAUUGAAGGCACCUUUUUCGCUCUUCUCAUGUCAAUCGAGAAUGUUGGAGUUUUUUCAUCAUCUUGGGGAGGUGGGUUUCUGCUUCAUCUGUUGGAUGUUACUCGAACACGGUUUGAUAAUCUAUGGCUGGCCAUUUUGAUCCGAAACAUAUUGAGAGUAACUCCUCUAUGUCUCCUGUUUUUGGUUCCGAGAAGUGAUCCUAUCUCUUCCAUUCUUCCAGCUGAAAUGUUAGGUGUAAAAGAGGUUGAUGAAGCUUCAGAAAGUGAUAAUAUUGAAAUGGUCUCUCUUGUGAAUAACAUGGAUGCUGGUAGAUAGCAUUGACGUCAUCCAAGAUAUGCAUUUACAGGUAAAUUUCCCAAAUGGUGAAUAUGAAAAUGCAUGAUCAUGUGUGCUAUUGUAGGUUCUAUCUUCUCCAUGUAACUUCGAAAAAUCGAUAGCGAGAUCAUUGGAUUAUGGAAAUUUAUUGAUUCUUCACUAGAGUUUUAGGAACACUUUUGGUUGUAUGUUGAAUAUAAUUUCAGUCACUGAGGGACGGACAGGUUUUGUUAUAGUGUUCAACGUUAUGAUUGUUACGGUUCAAAUUUAUCUCAUAUUGGAUGUUCAAAUGGUAAAUUUGUA